GCGACCCUGAAGGCGUCACCCCUCUUCAGCAAGCACAGCACAGCUUUCACGUGCACUUAGCGCGCAGACAUCACUGAGUGCGCGGUUCGUCUUUCUCUGACGUCGUCGUGCUCCUGUGACGUCACGACGCCAGCAGAACAGUCUAAGAUGACGAUGAUGCUGUGGCUCCUCCCACUGGCCGCGCUCAUGGCGACAGCCUCUAACCUGCCCCGCCCAACGGAACCCCGAUUGCAGCUGUCACACGAAGUGCUGAAAAAUGGAUCAGCGGUGUACUGGGGGGGCGGGACCACGGAUGGUUUCCCGGUGCUGCUGCUGGAUGAGGACCAGGGCUGGUUGUUGGUUGGAGGGAAAGACCACGUGCACCUGCUGAGGUCUGACAGCGUGGAUCUUCCCUGGCACACGGUGCACUGGCCGGCUGCCCAAAGAGACGUUCAGCACUGCCUCAUGAUCGGAAAAAGUCUGCAAAGCGAGUGCGCCAACUUUGUGCGUCUGCUGCAACCGUUCAACAAGACGCACGUUUACGUUUGUGCCACGAGCGCCUUCAACCCUCAGUGUGGCCUCCUCCACGUCAGCCUCCAUACACAGGAGGCGCUUUCUCUGUUGCCUCACACAGUUGUGUCCGGCCGAGGAAAAUGCCCUUACAGUCCCCGAGAACCUUUCACUGCUCGACUGAGCGACACCGACGUGUACGCCGGCACGUCUGUGGAUUUCAUGGGAACCAACGCCGCCAUCUUUCGUACGUCCAUCCAGGGUCCCGGUCGGCAUCUCCGCACAGAAGCUUAUGACCACAACUGGCUCAACGUGCCGGAGUUCGUGGGUUCCUUCUCCAUCCCAGACACGCACCAUCCCGAUGACGACAAGAUCUACUUCUUCUUCAGGGAGGCGGCCGUGGAGGCCGACCAGUGGGACCAGAAGGUCUACAGCCGAGUGGCUCGAGUGUGUAAGGUAUGUGGAAUUCAGGUUUCUAUGAGCGUGCGCUCUUCCCACUUCCUGUUUUCCUCCUUCCAGAAUGAUGCGGGAGGCAGGCGAAGCCUGAUCAACCGCUGGACCACCUUCCUCAAAGCCCGGCUGCUCUGUUCAGUACCAGGUCCAUCUGGGGUCCACACGCACUUUGAUCAACUUGAGGACGUGUUUGUUCUGGAGACUAAAGAUCCUCAAAACCCGAUCAUCUACGGAGUCUUCAGAACCUCCAGCUCGUUGUUUCGAGGCUCUGCAGUUUGCGUCUUCUCGAUGUCGUCGAUUCGAGCGGCCUUCAACGGGCCGUUUGCGCACAAAGAAGGUCCUGACUAUCGCUGGGCGGAGUACAAAGGCCGCAUCCCGUAUCCGAGACCUGGGGCUUGUCCCAGUGAGACCAACGACGCGCUCCACGAGUCCACCCAGGACUUCCCAGACGAGUUGGUGAGCUUCAUGCGACAGCAUCAGCUCAUGUGGGAACCCGUCCUGCCUCUGGGCGGCAGACCCGUCUUUACUCGGGUCAACGUGUCCUACCUGCUAACCAGGGUGGUGGUGGACAGGCUGGACACAGAGGACGCAACCUACCACGUCUUGUUCAUGGGCACAGAUGAUGGGAAGGUGCUAAAGGUCGUGUCUGAGGUCAAAGACACAUUGGAGACGGAGGCCAUCUUUCUAGAAGCGCUAACGGUCUUCCAGAGUCCUGCUGCCAUCCACAGCAUGAAGAUAUCCAGCAAGAAACAACAGCUGUACGUGUCCAGCGAAGGGGGCGUGGCCCAGCUGGCGUUGCAGAGGUGUGAGUUGUACGGCGCUGACUGCAGCGACUGUCGCUUGGCCAGAGACCCGUACUGCAUCUGGGACGGACAGACCUGCUCCAGAUUCUUUGCCUCCGGCAAAAGGCCACAUGGAGCAGACCUGGACCUCUCUGGGGGCGGGCUCAAUAACACCAGUCUCACCUCAGAGGGGGCGGAGUCCAAUGCCACCAGUCCUGCCUUUGGAGCGUCACAGGUUGGCCGAGUGGAUUCCACCACCGAGAAGACAACCGUGUAGACAACACCUGUACAAAAGCAUUUGCUGUCUGUUGGGAAUUAUUACACGCCAACCUUACAUUACAUUUACUUUUACACUACAUUACAUUUACAUUUACACUACAUUACAUUACAUUUACACUACAUUAAUGUCACAUUUACACUACAUUUACAUUACAUUUACACUACAUUCACGUCACAUUUACACUACAUUUACAAUACAUUAUACAGUCAAACCUGUCUAUAGCGGCCACAAAAGGGAAACGGCAAAAGUGGCCGCUAUAGGCAGGUGGCCGUUAUAGACAGGUUGGCGGCCAUUUUGAAUUUGUGCACGCACAUAUAAACAUGUCUGUGAUUAGAAGCUUGUUGUGUUUGCAGAUUACAUAUAAUUAUACUGUUACAUGUUGACCAGUAGAGGGCACUGUGGGACUGCGGAUAAAAGUUGUAAAGGCCUACUAGGUUAAUAAACCGCUGUUAAUAAAGCGAUUAAAGUGCAUCGGCGACGUGAGUCUCUCCUUCCGCACAACAAGGGGCAUUACAGUAUUGACCAGUGCACAUUGUCUCAUACCAGGAAAUAAACGGUGUCACUGUCUGCAACAAGCUCCAAAGAAGACGGCUUUUUUUUAAUGUGGAACAACUGACAGUUUGUGUGGAUCUUGUGAAUGAUUGUGACUGAGCUACGACUCAGUAAUUAAACGGCUUCAUUGAUUUAAAAACGAAACUUUUUCGUGCAUGAAGCUUCUGCUUGAGUCGGCAUUUUGGCCGCUAUAUGCGGUCAGAUAUUGACCAAGGGAUACAAAAUAGGUGGCCGCUGGCCGCGUUAGACAGGUGACCGCUAUACACAGGGGCUAUAACACGUAAAUUUUUGGAGGGGGAUUUUUCAGUGGCCGCUAUAGGCAGGUGGCCUUCUACAAAGGUGGCCGCUAAGACAGGUUUGACUGUAUUUGCACUGCAUUUACAAUUCAUUACAUUACAUUUACACUAUAUUUACACUAGGUUUUACACUACAUUUCCUUUAUAUUACAUUACAUUUACACUAUGUUUACACUAUAUUUCAGUCAUUUACACAACAUUUACAUUACAUUACAUUUAUGCUAUAUUUAAAGUACACUUACACUAUUUUUACACUGCAUUUCAGUCUUUACACUACAUUAGAUUACAUUUACACUACAUUUACAUUACAUUUAUCCUAUAUUAACAGUUCAUUUAUGCUAUUUUUACACUAUUUUUCAGUCUUUACAAUACAUUAGAUUGCAUUUACACUACAGUUACACUCCAUUUGCACUAUAUUUACAUUACAGCUACUCUGUUUCAAUCAUUUGCAGUCGUUUAGCUUACAUUGCAGUACAUUUAGACUACAUUUCAGUAAUUUAGGGUACAUUUACACUACAUUUCAGUCAUUAGCACUACAUUUAAAUCAUUUACAGUACAUUUACAGUCAUUUACAGUGCAUUACAGUACAUUUGCAGUAUGUUUCAGCCAUUCAGUCAUUUAGACUACACUUCAGUUAUUUACAGUCAUUAUAGUACAUUUACAGUCAUUUACACUACAUUACAGUACAUUCACGCUGCAUUAGCACUACAUUUACACUACAUUUCCGUCAUUUGCAGUACAUUUACAGUCAUUUACACUACAUCACAGUACAUUCACCUUGCAUUAACACUACAUUUACACUACAUUUCAGUCAUUAAUAUUACAUUUACACUACAUUUCCGUCAUUUACAGUCAUUUACAGUGCAUUACAGAACAUUUACAGUAUGUUUCAGUCAUUCACAGUCAUUUAGACUACAUUUCAGUUAUUUACAGUCAUUAUAGUACAUUUACAGUCAUUUACACUACAUCACAGUACAUUCACGCUGCAUUUACACUACAUUUCAGUCAUUAAUAUUACAUUUACACUACAUUUCCGUCAUUUACAGUACAUAUACAGUCAUUUACAGUGCAUUACAGAAUAUUUACAGUAUGUUUCAGUCAUUCACAGUCAUUUAGACUACAUUUCAGUUAUUUACAGUCAUUAUAGUACAUUUACAGUCAUUUACACUACAUCACAGUACAUUCACGCUGCAUUUACACUACAUUUCCAUCAUUUGCAGAACAUUUACAGUACAUUUCCGUCAUGUACAGUACAUUUACAGUCAUUUACACUGCAUUACAGUGCAUUUACAGUAUGUUUACACUGCAUUUCAUUCAUUUACAGUACAUUUAAAGUCAUUUACACUGCAUUACAGUACGUUUACAGUAUGUUUCAGCCAUUCACAGUCAUUACAGCGCAUUUAGACUACAUUUCAGUUGUUUACAGUCGUUAUAGUAGAUUUACAGUCAUUUACACUACAUUACAGUACAUUCAUGCUGCA